AUGUCCUUGAAGCCGCGGGUGGUGGAUUUUGACGAGACAUGGAACAAGCUACUGACGACAAUCAAGGCAGUUGUGAUGCUCGACUAUGUGGAGAGAGCCACGUGGAAUGACCGGUUCUCUGACAUUUAUGCCUUGUGUGUUGCAUACCCAGAGCCCCUGGGUGAAAGAUUGUACACAGAGACCAAGGUGUUUCUUGAGAAUCAUGUUCGGCAGUUGUACAAGAAAGUCCUGGAAUCAGAGGAGAAGGUUUUAGUGAUGUACCACAGAUACUGGGAGGAGUACAGCAAGGGAGCUGACUACAUGGACUGCUUAUACAGGUAUCUCAACACUCAGUUCAUCAAGAAGAACAAACUAACAGAGGCAGACCUACAGUACGGCUACGGGGGAGUGGACAUGAACGAGCCGCUCAUGGAGAUCGGAGAGUUGGCACUGGAUAUGUGGAGGAAGCUCAUGAUCGAACCCCUACAGGCUGUCCUGAUCCGGAUGCUGCUGAAUGAAAUCAAAAACGACCGUUGCGGCGAGGACCCCAACCAGAAGGUAAUCCACGGGGUCAUCAACUCCUUUGUUCAUGUUGAACAGUACAAAAAGAAGUUCCCGCUGAAGUUUUAUCAGGAAAUCUUUGAAGGGCCAUUUCUGACGAAAACAGGAGAGUAUUACAAACAGGAAGCCUCCAAUCUACUGCAAGAAUCGAACUGCUCACAGUAUAUGGAAAAGGUCUUAGCACGGUUGAAAGACGAGGAGGUGCGAUGUCGGAAGUAUCUGCACCCUAGCUCCUAUGCCAAAGUCAUCCACGAAUGCCAGCAGAGAAUGGUGGCAGAUCACCUGCAGUUCCUCCACGGGGAGUGCCAGAACAUCAUCCGGCAGGAGAAGAGAGACGACAUGGCCAACAUGUACACCCUGUUGCGGGCCGUGUCCAGUGGUUUACCUCAUAUGAUCCAGGAGUUGCAGGUCCACAUCCACAACGAGGGCCUCCGAGCCACCAGUAACCUCUCUCAGGAAAAUAUGCCAACCCAGUUUGUGGAGUCGGUGCUGGAGGUUCACAGUAAAUUUGUUCAGCUCAUUAACACAGUUCUGAAUGGAGAUCAGCACUUCAUGAGUGCACUUGACAAGGCUUUGACGUCUGUGGUGAACUACAGGGAGCCGAAGUCCAUCUGCAAAGCCCCUGAACUGCUGGCCAAGUACUGUGACAAUCUGCUGAAGAAGUCUGCAAAGGGAAUGACGGAAAAUGAGGUGGAGGACAAGCUGACCAGCUUCAUAACAGUGUUCAAGUACAUAGACGACAAGGAUGUGUUUCAGAAGUUUUAUGCCAGAAUGCUCGCAAAGCGGUUAAUACAUGGCCUGUCGUUAUCAAUGGACUCGGAAGAAGCCAUGAUCAAUAAACUAAAGCAAGCUUGCGGCUAUGAGUUCACGAGCAAACUCCACAGAAUGUACACAGACAUGAGCGUCAGUGCCGAUCUCAACAACAAAUUCAACAACUUCAUAAAGACCCAGGAGACAGUGGUGGACCUGGGCAUCAGCUUCCAGAUCUAUGUAUUACAGGCUGGAGCCUGGCCUCUCACACACGUCCCCUCCUCCACCUUCGCCAUCCCUCAAGAACUAGAGAAGAGUGUACAGAUGUUUGAGUUGUUCUAUAAUCAGCACUUCAGCGGGAGGAAGUUGACCUGGCUGCACUAUCUCUGCACAGGUGAGGUGAAAAUGAACUACCUGUCCAAGCCCUACGUUGCCAUGGUGACCACCUACCAGAUGGCUGUGCUGCUGGCCUUCAACAACAGCCAGACGGUGGCGUACAAGGAGCUGCAGGACGGCACGCAGAUGAAUGAGAAGGAGCUGCAGAAGACCAUCAAGUCGCUGCUGGACGUUAAGAUGCUCAACCAUGACUCACAGAAGGAGGAAAUUGAAGCAGAGUCCACAUUUUCGCUAAAUAUGAGUUUCACCAGUAAAAGGACAAAGUUCAAGAUCACAACGUCGAUGCAGAAAGACACGCCACAGGAGAUGGAGCAGACAAGGAGCGCCGUAGAUGAGGACCGCAAAAUGUAUUUACAAGCUGCUAUAGUGAGAAUCAUGAAGGCCCGCAAAGUGCUCCGACACAACGCCCUCAUCCAAGAGGUCAUCAACCAGUCCAAAGCCAGGUUCAACCCCAGUAUCAGCAUGAUCAAGAAGUGCAUCGAGGUGCUCAUCGACAAGCAGUACAUCGAGCGAAGCCAGAGCUCGGCGGACGAGUACAGCUACGUGGCGUAAACAGAAGAGCCGAGCCAGGGAGCGCUUCCUCAUAAACACCUGCCAAUCUGACCGCCUGGCAGACACAGGUUUCAAACUUAAAAAAAAACAACAACAAAACGAACAAAAAAAAGAAAAAAGAAAACAGACUCAUUCAUCCAUUUUGUUUUUGGACUAUCGCUGUCUGGCGUGAUGCCGUCCGGAGACCGAAGCAGGACUGGUGCCUCCAACUUAGGAAAAAAAAGGUCACCGAGUCACGUUGGACAGCCAAACAACACCAACACCUAUUGGACCCUCUUCCCCCAACCCUCCCCUCCUCCCUCCCAACGCCUCCAACCCCACCCACCUUCUGAUUUUAAGCUGUUUACAACAUCACCAGUGCCACGCACCUGUGCGUCAAUGAAAAAAAAAAAAAAAAAAAGAAAAUAAUGCCUAUAGCUACUCGAGCGGAAAGAGCUGAUAAACACAUUAGUCAACUUAACU